UAGAUAGCAGUACAGUCGAGAAGUCAAAAAUAUAAUAUAUAGAAGAUCUAUUAUGAAUUAAUACAAUGUAUUAAGAUUCUUUACAGUUCCUUGUUAUCUUUGAAUGAUAUUUUAAGAAAAUAAGGAUAAGUUCUAUUAACAGUAGAAAGGACAAAUUGCCUAAUAAAAAAUGACAGACAAAUCUGAUGAUGGACGAAAUAAACCUGGUAUAGGUAGAGGUACUAUGCUUCUGCAAAAGAUAAGAGAACAAUUGGUAGAAAAUGAAUCUAACGUUGUAGAUACAUCUAGUAUUACAAACCAGCAAGAAUCAAUUUCACAGGUACAAGCAUUAGAUACUACUUUGCCUUUUACGGGACGUGGAAAAGCUUUAUUAUUUAGCUCAACAAAAAUUGAAAAGGAAAAAGAAAAAUCAUCAUUAUUUGAGGUUCUUCCUACCAUAGGUAAAGGAAGAGCAUCUCCUUUAGGUUUAUUUAAAAAGAUCAUAACAUCUGGACAACCUUUGAUGACAGAACAGGUUAACACAAAAGAAUCUAUUGUGGAAAAACAACAAAAUAAUAAAAGACAAGCUGUCAUAGUACAAGAUCAAAUAGCCUCUUGUAGUGAUAAUGCUGGAAUAUUAGGCAGGUUAUCUCAACUUUCUGUAUAUGAGACUACUCCUGCAACUACUACCCCAAACCAAGAAUUACAAGUAAUAAACCGCCAAGGUACAAGUGGAGAAGUGGUAGAUAUAUUUGCUAAUUACAUCGAUUUAAAACUAGAUCCAGGAAGGGGAUUAUUCCAAUAUGAAGUUAAAUUCAAUCCUGAUAUUGAUUCAAGAGCUCUGAGAAGAAAACUUUUGAAUCAGCAUGCAACUAAACUUGGACACACCUUAAGCUUCGAUGGAGUUCUUUUAUAUUUACCUCACAAAUUUCCACAAGAGAAAAUAGUGUACAAAUCUAAUCAUCCAUUAGAUGGAUCUCCAGUGAUCCUUACUCUUAUUUUUAAAAAGAAAGAAAAGAUGAGUGAAAGUGUCCAAUUUUUUAAUGUUCUUUUUGGACGUAUUAUGAGAGCUCUUAAUUUAGUCCGUAUUGGCAGACAAAAUUUUAAUCCUGCAUGUGCUCAUACUGUACCACAGCACCAAUUAGAAGUGUGGCCUGGUUAUGUUACUGCUAUUAAUGAAUAUGAAAGUGGAUUAAAACUUUGCAUUGAUGCAAAACAUCGAGUUAUGCGUAUGGAAACAGUUCGAGAUUUGAUGGUUGAAAUUCAUAAAAAGAACCAACAGCAUUACAAAGAUUAUAUAACAAUGGAAGUCGUUGGGUCUAGUGUUCUAACUCGAUAUAAUAAUAAGACUUAUCGUAUCGAUGACAUUGCAUGGGACAAAAAUCCAAUGUUUCAAUUUGAGAGACAAGGUAUAAAAACGACUAUAAUAGAUUAUUAUAAAAAUCAUUGGAGUUUGGAAAUUAAAGAUAAAACCCAGCCACUUUUAGUACACCGUUCUAAAGAAAAAUUAUCUACUGGGCAGACACACGAAAAACUUACACUUCUAGUACCUGAAUUAUGUUAUGUCGCUGGAUUAACGGAUAGUAUUAGAUCAGACUGUAGAAUUAUGAAAGAUCUUAAUACAAUUACAAAAGUUUCUCCUAACAGUCGCCGUGAUAUAAUAAGGAAUUUUUUACAAGAAAUAAAAAAAAAUAGCGUAACACAGGAAAUAUUAUCUGCGUGGGGUUUACAGCUCGAUAAUGAUUUAACUCAUUUGAAAGGACGUGUUCUAAUGCCUGAACGUAUAUAUUUUGGUAGGAAUAAGAUGAUACAAGGAAAACCAAAUGCUGAAUGGAAUAUUGAAAUGGUUAAUAAUCAUGCUUUACGUGCUCCGAGUUUGACAAAUUGGUGUAUUUUUUAUUCUCAGCGAGAUACAAAAUACACUACAGCAUUUAUCAAAAUGCUCCUUGAUAUUUCAUUAAAUUUAGGCCUACAAAUCAGCAGUCCUCGUGAAAUUUCUUUAAAAGAUGAUAGAACUGAUACAUACUUACGUGAACUUCGUCACAUCAUUAAUGAUGAUAUUGAAAUGGUGGUUAUUGUUUUCCCCAGCAAUCGUACUGAUCGAUAUUCUGCAAUUAAAAAAUUGUGUUGCGUAGAAAAACCCAUUCCAUCGCAAGUUAUAAUGUCAAGGACCCUCUCUCGUCCUGAUAAAUUGAGAAGUAUAACACAGAAAAUAGCUUUACAAAUGAAUUGUAAACUAGGCGGUGCUCUUUGGGCAGUGAACAUUCCAUUUGAUAAAUGUAUGGUAUGUGGAAUAGAUGUAUAUCAUCCUGGUUUUGGAACAGGAAGACGAGGAAGUGUAGCUGGUUUUGUAGCUAGUAUGGAUAAAUUAUUAACAUCGUGGUACAGUAAGAUCUGUUUACAAGGAGCACACCAAGAAAUAAUAGAUUUAUUACAGAUCUGCUUAAUUUCAGCUAUUAAUGCGUUUAAAAAACGUAAUGGAAAUAAUCCGAAUCGUAUAAUUGUUUAUCGUGAUGGCGUUGGUGAUGGACAAAUUGACACUAUUGCCAAAUAUGAAGUUAAACAAUUGUUGGCAACAUUCACGCAUAUAGAUCCUGAUUACAAACCACAACUCAGUGUAAUUGUUGUACAGAAGCGAAUUAAUACUCGUUUAUUUUGUGAAAACCAAGGAAAUUUAAUCAAUCCUAUAUCUGGAACUGUCAUCGAUUUUUCUAUAACAAGACCUAAUUUUUACGAUUUUUUUCUUAUACCUCAAAGUAUACGUGCUGGUACUGUAACGCCUACGCAUUAUAUCGUUGCUUACGAUGGAUCUAAUAUGAAGCCUGAUCACAUACAACGUUUUACAUAUAAACUUUGUCAUUUAUAUUACAAUUGGCCUGGUACCAUAAGAGUGCCUGCUCCAUGUCAAUAUGCUCAUAAACUCGUAUCACUCGUUGGACAAAAUAUUCAAAUGGAACCAGAUUCAAGUUUAUGCAACUAUCUCUUCUAUUUAUAAUUCGCGCAUAAUCAGCUAAUGUGUAGUUUAUUUUUUCUAUUGAUAUAAAUAAUAUUUUCUACGCAAUAUAGAUCAAAAAUGAUCAAUCUAUAUUGCUAGAUUCUACGUUGUUAGUAAAAUUUAAAAGACUGCAAAAGAGAAAACUAAAUUUAAGAGAAGAGUACAAUUUAUUUUUAUAUAUUAAAAUAGCAAUUAUAUUUUUUUAUAUAUUAUUCUUUAACAACUGUUAUUUUGUCAGAAUUAUUAUCGUGACUGACGUUAUUUCUGCUGUGCCAUUUGUAAUAGUAUUAUAAAUAGUAUUAUUUUUUUUCUGCCGUACUAUCAUGAAAGGUAACAUCUUUAUGAAUUAGUUUUAAAAAAAAGCCUUUAAAGUUUCUGAGGUAUUAUUUACACUUGUUAAAACUCGUAUGACGAGUUUUUUAAAUAGCACAUAACAAAAAAAAAGCAAUAACUUUUAAAAUAUUACCUUACCUUUUAGAUAUUGAUGCAAGCUGUUUUUCUUUAUGGUAGAGACUUUGAAGAUGUAAAAGUAAUAUUUAAAAGAAUAACGUUUUAUAAGAUCUUUUCUUAUUGCUUUUUUUUAUAACUCGUGAUAGAGCUUUUUAAAAUGAAUCCAAUGAUAUGUACAAAUUGGAAUAUCAAAAGAUCAUAAUGCCUUUUUUAAUCGCACGGCAGUAUUCUUUAGAGAUAGUAAAACUAAUAGAAUAUAAUUGUAACGUUAUACAAUUGCUGAUGAUUAUUAAGAAUUUAUUGAUUUAACAUAUAUACGAAUAAAUAGAUAGGUUAAAUAAUUUACAACUCUUUUACAUAACUUAUCCAAAAAUAAUAUUGAAUAAUAUUGAACUAUUUACAUUCGAGUGUCAUUAUAUAUAAACGAUACUUACAAUUUAUCUUCGAAGAAACAAUUUAGUUGUUAUAAAUUGUUAUUAAAAAGUGUAGAAAAGAAUUAUAUUUAUGUAUUAAAAUAAUGUAUUAUUUGGUAUAUAUUCAUUGAUAUUAUGGUAAUAUGUGAAUCUGAUCUUUUAUAGAAAAUUGUUUAGAAUAGUUUGCUAUAACUGUUAAACAAAUAUAUGAAACGUAAGAGGUUAACAUCCCACAUCUAAUCGAAGAAAAAGAUCGCUCGUAUCAGACAUAUUGCAUAAUUCUGUCACAAGAUGGCACGGAACACAUUGCGUCGUGUUGUGCAAAAUUCAUGGCGGGACCGAGCGUGCUUUAUCAGAUACGUAAAAUAGGUGGUAUGUAUAGAUGUAUGUACAUAGUACGACAGUCGUACUGCGUAUCGAGUAGUCGUCGCUGUCGACCGUCGCUACCACCACUCGACACGCUGGCGCCUGCGUACAUCUUGUUUACAAGCAGCAGCAGCGCGAAGCCUCGCUGUACACAUGACCUUUACAAGAUGGAUACGAGUGAGCACACCGUCUUUUCUCAGGCGUGUCGUUGACGAGUGCCUAACAAACACGAGCUUCCGCGUCGCAAAAAACGAUUGACAACGAGGACGAUAUCAAUUUCGUGCCUAUCUUUCUCAUACAUAGUAUAUUCCUAGCUACGUCGACGGAUAUUGUUGCAGUGUCACGUUCGUAUGGUUCUUCGGUGAUACGACAUUAGCGUGGGUUACGACUGUUUUGAGUGACGCGAUAUUUGUGUUCUCGUCGUGCGAGACUGCGCGGAGUGCGAGGAAAAGGUACAAAGUAGUGGGGAGAGGAAGAGAGAGAAAGAGAGGAAGAGCAAUAAGAGGAGAAACAGAUUCUUACCUCGUUGAGACAGUAGGGUAAAGGGAGAGGGAGAGAAGAGGAGGGAGGUACGUGUAUCUGCUGCGUAUAUCCAUCACGACGCCUUUACGUUUUCUUUUUCGCGUUCGAACGUGGCCCCCCCGUGAUCGCGACGUAACGUUUUUUUCAUUGCUGAUCGCAUAGUGUGAUUCGUGAUCUUCGAAAAAAAGAAACAGCAUAAGUGAGAGAGACAAGGACGUAAAUAAAAAGAGAAGACCACUUCGAGCACGACACGAGGAUAAGGAUAGAAGCAACGACAGUAGUGGCGGCGGUUUUGUUUUGACGUCGAUCGUACGGUAUUGCGCGUGAAAGAAUAUCGGCGCUGCCCUUGGCAGUAGCCUAUUUGCUCGCACGAGAGCGAGCUGCAUUUGUAACACGCCAGCCAGUCAGGCAGUCGGGCAACGAUAAGAGGGGUUCAACCACCCACUUGCGUGUGUCGUCGCGUCAUCUCUCCCUCUCUCGUUCAUUUUCCUCUACUCUUUCUUUCUCUCUCUUUUUCUUUUUCCCUUUCUCUCUCUCUCUCUCUUUCUCUCUUUCUCUCUUUCUUGCUCUCUCUCUUUCUCUCUUUCUCUCUCACGCGUGCGUGUAAUGUAGCUCUUCUCUCUUACUAUCCGUCUCUUUUCCGUGUACACCGCGGUAAACUCGACGCGCAUGUGUAUGCGUUUGUCGCGUCGAUGCAACACCGAGUCUUCGUUCCGUCUCUCUUUCUCUCUGUUUCUUUCUCUUUUACAUCCUCGUACAUAGGCGCGCUCGCUCGUUCGCUCGCGCGAGAGAAAAAGAGAGAGAGAUAAAGAGAGAGGGAUGGCGCGCGAUCAAAGGCUCACGCAGUAAAUCGUGCGUUCGCGCGAUAAACAGGUGUAGAAUUCCUAUGGUAAGAAGCUACCUUGUGGUUGCGCUUUAUUAACAGAGACGACAAGAAGGAAAGUGGAAAAGUAAAAAAGAAGAAAACAGUAAGGAAGAUAAAAAGGAAGGAAGGAAAGAAAGAAAG